AUGUUUUCCGCUCAGUCCAGCCUCCCUGGCCCUUUAAGUGAUCCCAUCGGUCCCCGUCCACCUAACCCAGAGCCCCAUACCCACCCCGUUGCUAACCAGAAGUCCAGCCGCAAACGCAAAAAGCAGCAACCCCGCCAACCCCCUCCUGCUAAAAAUUGUAAUGGCAGCAGUCAAGCCCGAAUGAUCCGAAACAUUCCCGGUGCUGAUGGUUUUCACCACCCCCUGCCUGGUGCAGGCUUGCGAUCCACCAUAGAUAUUUUGGAGGAAGCUGCUAACCGAACCACUUCCCUAGACCAUCCUCUUGACACUAACCGCAGACAAGCUAAUUCCAACAUUCCAUCCACCGAACCUUGUCCCCCUAAUCAUUCUGGACCUCUUGAAGGUCUCCAUGAAGCCCUAAAUGCCCUAGCUCCUAAAAGAAACGGUAAGCGGUUUCGUACCCGGGAGGAAGAUGGUCGUUCCCGCCAGUCCCAACCUAUUGGCACACAAAAGGCUGUCCGACCCCCUAACAAAUGGAAUCGCUUCCUUCAGCAACUUUCAGCUCGCAAGAAGUUUCGCGGAGUUGGGAAAGGAGUUGCCGGGCACCGGCUUGGUAUGCGCGAAGUCUCUCUGUUGUACAAGCGAUACAACACUCGGAAGCAACCACCCAGAACAUCUGGAUUGCCUACCACUAACCCUGCCAGUCGGAGCCCUUCCCCGGAGCCUGAGCUCACUCCAUCCAAACUAGCUCUAGACGAUGAUUUGGAUGUAGAGGAAGCCCUCAAUCCACAAUCAAACCCCCCUCUGUCGAGUCAACUACGAGGUCCUGUGUCUCUUUCAAAGGCGGAGAGUCGAGUGGAAGCUUUCCUGGCCAACUGGGUCAACCAGGCCAACUCAAUCGCGCAGACAUGCAAUUGCGAGAUGAUUGUCUUUGCGGUAUCAACACACCUCGGUCGCCACUCCUUCCAGCUCACCAAAUCAACUCAUUGCGCCUUGCCAUUUGUUGAGCUCGCUGACGAAGUCGACCAGCCUACCACCUACCCAGCUCGAUUUCAGGCAAGUUUGGUUGGUACUUCUGCCUUGGACCUCGCUAAGCACAACAAGCCUGCUCGCCGGGUGCGCGCCCCACGCCCAAAUGUGACCAAAAGGAUGAUUCAAUUUGUGGGCAAGUAUCCACCAGCUUCAUGUUACAAACUGGUUACCGAUCCUCGGCUGCGCACCCCUAUCAAGAUGUUCACCUCUAGACCAAGUCGUUGGCUUAAGGUGCAGUACAUCCAAACUUUAAACCUUGACCUCGACGAUGGUUACAUUGAUAUUAUCCCCCUCGAGAGCACUGUUCCUGUCAGCUCCACUGACACUCCUAUCCCAGACCCCAGUCUUCAGCGAUCAAUGCCACCAAUUGAAGACUCUUGA